GUUUUGCUCUGCAGCCAAUGUCUGUGUGUGUGUGUGUGUGUGUGUGUUAUUUACAGCUCCCACUUCCACUCUGGUACCGGCAGAGAGACACACACACACACACACACACACAGAGAGAGAGAGAGGGAGUGAGUGAGGAGCACAGAGAACAGGAGGAGAAGCAGCAGAAUCUGUAGCGGGUGGUGUUGUUGGAGAAAGGAUGGCCAGUCCGCCAGUGCUCAAGGCGGGCCAUCCGUGCUUCACCAAAGUGAAGAAAUGCGGCUACUUGAAGAAGCAGAAACACGGGCACAAGCGGUUCUUCGUGUUGAGGGAGAGGAGCGGGGACUGCCCGGCUCGGCUCGAGUAUUACGAGAACGAGAAGAAGUGGAGGAACAAGUCUGCGGCGAAGAGGAUCAUCUCGUUGGAGAGCUGCUUGAAUAUCAACAAGAGAGCGGACGCCAAACACAAAUACCUCAUCGCCCUGUACACGAAGGACGAGUAUUUGGCGGUGGCGGCGGACAGUGAGCAGGAGCAGGAGAGCUGGUUUCACGCUCUCACUGAGCUGCUCACCCAGGACCAGCUCCUCCAGCAGGAUGAGGUGGGUUACGGUCUGUAUACCCCCGCCUCUGCCCUCUACAAGGAGGUGUGGCAGGUCAACCUGAAGCCCAAAGGCUUGGGGCAAGCCAGAAACCUCACCGGAUUUUACAUGCUGUGCCUUUCCAGUAAGAGUAUGGGCUUCGUGAAACUCAACUCCCAGGUGCCCUCCGUCAACCUGCAGCUCAUGAACAUCCGCCGCUGUGGGCACUCGGAGAAUUUCUUCUUCAUCGAAGUGGGCAGGUCGGCAUCCACCGGGCCCGGCGAGCUGUGGAUGCAAGUGGAUGACUCGGUGGUAGCGCAGCACAUCCACGAAACCAUCCUGGAGGCGAUGAAAGCGAUGAAGGAGCUGUGCGAGUUCCGGCCCAGAAGCAAGAGUCAAUCGUCGGGUUCCAAUCCCAUCAGCGUGCCCAGCAGAAGGCACCUCAACAACCUGCCCCCCAGCCAGACCGGCCUCCACAGGAGGUCCAGGACUGACAGUGUCAACGCCCCUUUGCCACCCAAUAAGAUGGCAUCGUGUCGCAUGAGGACGGCUAGUGAGGGUGACAGUACCAUGUGCCGGCCUGAGUCUAUCACUGGUAGCCCCAUCAGCCCGAGCAUGGUGAGGACACACUUUAGCCGCUCAAAUACCGUCUCCAGAAACUGCAGAGUGAUCCCGCACCAUUCCCUCCACCACAGUCGGUCAAUGUCCAUGCCAAUGUCGCACUCGCCCCCGUCGGCCACAAGCCCGGUGAGUCUGUCAUCCAGCAGUGGGCACGGAUCUGCAUCAGACACCAUACCACGACCAUCUAGUGGCAGCGCAUCCGUCUCAGGUUCCCCGAGCGAUGGCGGCUUUAUUUCCUUUGACGAGUAUGGUUCCAGCCCGGGGGAUUUGAGACACUAUGUGGGAAACAGGAGCAACACGCCAGAGUCCCUCACUGAAACACCACCUGUCCCAGAAGGCACUGAAUUGUAUGGAUACAUGUUAAUGGAUAGGCACACUGCUGGUCAGUUUAAUGCCAGCUGUUUUCUGACAAGUCGGGAUGAAAGUACAGAACUGGAGAAAAGCUAUAGGAAAAGAACUUACUCUUUAACAACUCCAUGCCGAAAGAAAGCCACCUCACAGGUUUCUUCGGUUUCAUUGGAUGAGUAUACUCUAAUGAAAGCUACCUGCCUGGGCAGCUCUGGACGUCUGUCACAUACUGCCUCCCCCAAAGUGGCCUACAACCCUUACCCAGAAGAUUACUGUGACGUUGAAAUAGGGUCCCAAAGGAGCUCUGGGUCCACUAACCUUGGUGAUGAUGGUUACAUGCCAAUGACGCCUGGAAUAGCCCCCACAUCUAACAAAAGUGAUGACUACAUGCCAAUGAGCCCCAAAAGUAUUUCUGCCCCAAAACAGAUCAUUAAUCCUCGAUUACAUUCUCAACUGAAUGCAAAUGGAUAUAAGAACAUUUCUCCGACUGGGAGCUGCUCACCUGAUACAAGUGGAUACAUGAAAAUGUGGUCUGGGUCAAAGUUAUCGGUUGAAAGUUCUGAGGGAAAGUUUAACCAUGAUGAAUAUAUGAAUAUGUCGCCUGUUGACUGUUGUGCAUCAGUGACUCCUCCAGACUACUUUUUCAACCCUGUAAGUGACGAUGUUCCCAAACCCAGCUACUCCUUCUACUCAUUACCCCGAUCUUACAAACCCCAGUGUCAGAAAAAUGGUGAAAACGAUAACUAUGUUCUGAUGAAUUCACCUGGCAGUGUGAUUCUUGAAGAACCGACGUUCAGUGCAAAGUCUGGCACAUCUUGUGCAGUUGGUCAUGCUUCUCGUUCACCAGGGAGGCAAAGUCAGACAGGUUGUUCAGUGUCUAGAGGAAGAGCGAUGAGACCCACUAGAUUGUCACUGGACAAGUUGAGAGCCAGCACAUUACCAAGUACAAAUGAGCAUCCUUUACCACCGGAACCAAAGAGCCCUGGAGAAUAUAUUAAUAUAGAUUUCAACAACAAAUUUGUGUACUCCCUGCCUGCAGUGUCAUUACAAAGUUCCUUAUCUUCCAAGGAAUGUGGUAGUGCUCAGAGAAAGUCAGCAGUGUCUGACUACAUGAACCUCGAUCUCAACUCUCAGUCGCCAAAGAGUGGAGUUGUUCCUUGCAGCUCCUUCGAUUCAGUAGCUGGAUCGUCGGUUGCAUGCUCUAGCAUCAACCAUCCGGCCAAUAUUUACCUUAAAGGUCAGGUUGGGACAUCUUGCCUCUCUAACCCUUUGGAAGCUGAGACUGAUUAUACAGAUAUGACAUUUGGAAUGGCUGCAACAGCUCCACUAUCAGUUUCACCAAAACAUGAAAGUAUCCAAGUGGCAAGCCCUACCACUGGUGUGAAAAGACUAUCCCUGAUUGAUCAGAUGCCUGGGGUUGAGGUUUUCAUGCUUCCAACUCUGCCACCAGAUCCCAAUCGAGGGGCAAAAGUAAUCCGCGCUGAUCCCCAGGGGCGAAGGCGUCAUAGCUCAGAAACGUUCUCUUCCACCACUACGGUCACACCUGUUUCGCCUUCAUUUGCUCAUGAUCCCAAGAGACACAGUUCUGCUUCAUUUGAGAAUGUUUCUCUGAGAAAGAAUGACGAAGCUGAAGAGGAACAAGGAAGCCCAAUGUGCCGCAAAACCUCCACUGGUUUCCAGAAUGGGCUGAACUACAUUGCCUUAGAUUUAAUAGAUGAUGAUUUGACGAGAUGCGAGAAACUAGUACGAUGUCGAUCAAUUCCUCAAGCCAAAGGAAGUAUUAAUGGUUCAGAUGCAAGCACAUACGCUAGAAUAGACUUUGUAUCAAAGAAUUUGGACCGGGCUGCUGCUGUGGAAGACUGACAGACCCUUCAUCAUCUCUGGAACCUCACACAAGCGAUGCUGCUCAGCAACACCUUUUGUGGAAUGCUGCUCAAGUUUACCUUCUUUCCUCAUUGUGAAUGGGUAACCAAUAAUGCCUCGAGACUGUUAUAACACUGCAAUGCACAGCAUACCUUCAAGGACAAGGAAGCUUUCUGCCUCAUUAGUUUUUGCUAUGGAUAUUGACCACCCUCAUCCUUAUCUGGGUGAUCACUGAAGCAGUACUUAUUUAGCAGUACAUUAGCUGUUGCCAGUUAGGCCUAUCUUUAAGCUGAGAUAUGGCCAAAUGUUAGUACCUUCAACUUUCCCAGUUUGGUAACACCUUGACCACAUUACUUUUCUGAAAUGCUUCUCACACCAGGAACCGACUGAACUGGAAUGUUACUGACCUGGUAUAAAUCCUACCUCGUUUAAUUAUUAAAGUCAGCCUUUCAUGGGAGAAUGUGCACAAACUUUGCUUUAUCGCUACUGAACUCCCGAGACACAAACCCUAGGCCUUAACAUCUUGUUUAACACCUUGAAUAUAGUUAACUGUGUGAUGAGCCAGAAAUUUGGGCUUGCCUUGUUCAAGAAAGAUCUCGUGUUGAUUAGUUUGAGCCUAACUUAAGAUAAAACAAAAUGGUCUUGUAAGAGGGAAAUUAAGUGCAAUUUCAGGACAUUGGAUUUGGAUCAAAAGAUCCAUGAAAGACCCAGCAAGAUGCAGCCAAGUGCUUUCACUAAGACCAGGAAGGUAACCUUCCACAAGUUAAUAUAGGGAGAGAACUGUAAUAUUUCAAAUGUGGGUGAUAAGGAUUUUCACAUAUUUUGAGCUGCAUCAGAAUGUAAAUAUUAAAUGCAAUUGAAUGCAAAACAUUAUCAACUGUACAAAUUAUUUAAAAUGAAUCUUUGAUUCCUUCAGAGGGGAGUCAGCAGGUUUUGUUUAAAAGAUAUAUAGAGAAUAAUGUUCUUGCUAUUUCUUAACCACGAGUGCUUCUUAUGUUGAAUGCAGAACUUGGACUGUUCAGUACUGCUUUGGUGAAUGUGGCUCCUCAAGACCUUUCUGCUAACUUAUUUAUUAAUACCAGAACAGCUGAUGAAAGUGCCAGAUAUCUCUGAAUGUAGACACAAUUUUCUGCAAUGCCAGUAAUUGAAGUUACAGACCAGUGUGAAGGCUUCUGUAUUAACAAAGGUCGAUUCCAUUAUUGUUAUGCCUAAUGGUGUGUGUAAAUAUACUAUACAAAGAAAAUCAGUACUGUGAGCAUUGCUAACUUUUACAUUAUGUAAAAUUGGAUUGAAAUUAAUCUUGAUAAAGUGGCCGAAUCUAUAUUAAAAGCCACUUAGAAUCAUGGCACUGAACGAAAAAAUGCUGACAACCAAUUACAUUACCUGAGACAACAGCAGAGUAUGGAAUGUAAUGAGCUAAGUAACACUUGCCACUAAUUAAGAGUUUCAUAACUUCACUGUAUCAAAACAUUUAACUGUAUGCAAUAUUUUACAUCAUUAGUUUACAGUUCUGAACGCAAUUUACUAUCUAUCUGUAUACGCUAGUUACAAAGAUCACUAGAGUGUGCAGCAAAGUUUGCUAUCUGUAUAUUUUGCCCCUUUCAGUUCAGUGCGUGUUUUUUUGUCUUGAUGCUGUUUAAACUCUAAAUAAUAUAAAAGCAGUGUUUUCAUGUUUUUAUUUCAUUUUCAGUUGUCAGGAAAUACAACAUUAGGUAAUAUUUCUUCUUGUGACCAGACAAGAGAUAAUUGCAACUUUAACAUAUCUUGCUGUGUCUUCCGUUGUAUAUAUUGUAAGUAAAGUUGAAUGUAAUGCUGCCGGAAGAUGAAUAAUUGAUUUAGAAUAGUAUACUGUACUAUAUCUGUAUUGAUCUUGAAUGCUGUCUCAAUAGCCAUAUGCAAUAAAAUAGCCUACAAUAUUUAUGAAA